GACCGAUUGAAAUAUUCAGUUAAUAAUCAAGUGAUUGUAUAUAGUUAAAUUUUGCUGUCAUAAUAUUUUUUGCCAGAAAAAUAAAUGAUUUCUUUUCUAAAAUGAACAAUUUAACAUUUAUUCAAGAAUCGACAAAUUUUCAAUUUCUUUCCGUAUGUCAUUACAUCAAUAGUUUGGGUAUAAUUUUUUCCAAUUUGAAUUUAAUUUCCUUGGACGAGAGAAAUAAUUCAAUUAUUAUUUUGAAUACAUUUUUUCAAUAUUUAAAUAAUUCUAUUGAAAAUGAUGAAUCAAUGUUAAAACUUGAAUUACUUCGAAGAAUAUUAAAAGGAAGUGAUCUUUAUGGUGGUGAAAAAAAUGAAACACUCGACAUGAAAUACGUAGAUGAAACAUAUCAAUACAUCAUUAAUACUGCUCUAUUUUCUCACUAUGGAAAUAUUAAUGGAUAUUUGGCUGGAAUUAUAAAUAGAAGGGACAAUAUUUUAUAUUCACUAUUUAAAAAAAAUGUGUUUCAACAUUUUUCCCAAAAUUACACGAGUCAGGAUUAUUGUUGGACAAGAAAUGAAAAUAUAAAACUAACAUCAUUGACAAUUGAAAAAGUAUUUAAUGAUUAUAUUUGGUCUAUAUUUCCUCCACCAGAGGAUAAUAAUAUGGAAAUAAUUGAUUUAAAUUAUAUAUAUGCAAUGAUUGGUUUAAAAAUUGUCAGAUCAAUUAAUGGUGAUAUUAAAAAUCAAACAUUUCAAAGUUAUAUUCUUAUAUCACGAGCUAUUGAAUUUCAAAUAUUUACCAAUGAAACAAAACAAUUGGCAUUGGAAUUAUUUUCAAUGCCGGCAUUAUUUUAUUAUGCUUACAAAUUUAAGGUAGAAUUUCAAAAUUUUAAUUUAAAUUUCAGUAAUGAAUUUUGGUUUGAGGUUUAUGAGAAUUUUUUUUUCUUUCUUAAUAUUCAAAUACAAAAAAGUAUUAAUGGUGAAAUUAAAAAAAGUUUACAUUAUAAAUUUCAAAAAAAAUUUGAGAAAUUAAAAAGUCGAACCUACAUUGCCGCUGAGAUAAUUUAUUUGAUUUGUGAUUAUUCAAAUAUUGCUCAAGUUUCUCCGAUUUAUAUUUAUAUAUACAAAACUGCACAGUGGUUAUUGAAAUAUAUUCUUCCGGACAAUUGUCGUGAUAUUCCUGAUUUAGAAGAAUAUUAUAAUCUUCAAUUUAGUGAUAUUGUAAAAAUUUACAAUGAAAUUGAACAAAAUUCAUUGGAACAAGUUUUAAAGGAUGGUAAUCUAAUUGAAAAAAUGGAUAUAAAUACAACAGUUGAGCUUGCAAUUGUUCCUGAUUAUCCAAUGUAUUACACAACAAUUCCACCAACGCCAAGAAAAGUAAAUUCUGAUAUAUAUUUAAUAUUUGCUAUAAAAAAUAAUAAACCCGAUUACUAUGCAAUUAAACAGGAAAAUAAUUCUUUAACAUUACUUAAAAGUAAUAAUAAUGAACAAGAAUUUGCCAAAGCAAUUGCUAAUGAUUCAACAUUAAAAAUGCAAUUACAUUCAUUUGCUCCUAAUCUUAAAAAUUCCAAUGAAAAUUAUAAGGGAUUUAUUAAAAGAAUUGCCGAUAUUAAAACAAAACAAUUUAAAAAUGGUUUGGUAAAUUAUUACAAUGAGCCAACGGAUAUAGAAAAGAUUUUUGAUUUUUUAAAAUCUCUUGUACCAUUUUACACAUGUAUUCAAAGUAUUAGAAUAAAUAAUAAAGCACAAGCUGCAUUAAGUUGCAGUAUUGAUAUUAUGAGUUUUCUACCAAUGGCAGGAGUUGGAACAAAAUAUUCAUCAAUACUUUGGAGUAGUUUAACCGCUGAAAUGAUAACACGAGAAUUUUUGAGUGUAUCGAGACAAAUUAUCAAAUUACCAAUAACUACGGGAUUAUUUCAUAUUUAUAAAUCAGUUAUGCAAACAUUUGGUAAAAAUUUUUUUAUAAAAAAUUUUUUUAAAGAUUUAACAAUCGCUUCCCUACGAACCCUUGAUCCGGGUUUUGAAUUAAUUUAUCAAGUAUCAAAAUUUUCAUAUCGAUUACUAGGGAAAUUAUUUCACAGCCUACCAUUGAGAAUGAAAAUAAUUCCAGAAAUUAAAAAUCUAUUAUCAAUCUCAAAAAAUAUUAAUAAAAAUUUACUACCCUAUAUGGAAUUAUCAUCAAAAAUUGUUAAGGAAGAUAAUUUUAAAAUUAUUAGAUACAUUUAUCCAGGUGGUUUAAAUUAUUUUGGACCCACUUGUAUAUCGUCAUUUGGAAAAAUUGCAGAAUUAAGAACCAUUGAGGGAAAUCCAUUUCAAGUACCCGUUAUACCAAUAAGGGAAAUUGAUAAAAUUUCCUAUCGUGAAUAUAAUCCAAAAACUGAUAAAAUUUCUGAUGAUAAAUUAGAAAUGCAAAAUGAUAUUUUACGUAGAAUUAUACCAUAUCUUAAUUUGGAUUCAAAUGUGAAAAUAACACGUAAUUAUAUUGUGAAUUAUAAUACAGUGCACUGGAAAAAAAAAGUUCUACAUAAUUUGGAAGGGGAAAAUUUAAACCAUGGGGAAAUUAAUCAGGGGGAGAUAUUAAGAGGAAAUCCAAUUGUUGAGGAAAUUAAUCAUAGGGAAAUUUUAAGAGGAGAUUCAAAUAAUGAUCCUAUUAUUAAUUCUGAUUCAGAAAAUAUAUCAAAAAAUGAUGAAACAUCAGUUAGAAAAGACAAUAAAAGAGUAGAAUUAGAAAAAAUUGAUUUUAUUCCAGAAAAGAAAAUAAAAUUAGAAUCAAAAUUAUCAAUUAAUGAUUUAGAUAAUAUUCCCGGUACGUCAAAACAAAUAAAUACAAAUUUAAAUUGGUAUCUAUCGGAUAAUGUACCUAAAUUUCAUAAUAAUUUUGUAACAUCAUUAAUGGUAUUCAAAAAAAAGGGUUUAUCCGUUUUUAAAAUAAACGAAAAAAUUAAUAAAUUUUUCCAUUUAUCAGUGACAAAAUUAGCAUUCCUUCAAAUAAAUAGAAUUUCAUAUUUACCAAAACCAAUUGAACUUUGGUGUAAAAAAAUUGUUAUAAAUCGUCCAAAACUUAUAACAUAUUUAAAAAAACAAAAAGGAAGUACAUUUUUCUUUAAUGAUAUUACUUUAUUAAAUGACAAAGAACCAAUUCAAUCAACUAAUAAAAUAAAUCAAUUUUCCCACGAGAUAGAAAUUUGGUAUCGUAUUAAAUUUGAUUCGGAAUAUGGUAUUGUUUAUUUAUCAGAAUUAGAUAAACAAUUUCAAGGUGAUUUUAUAACAUUUAGCGAUGUAUUUUUUAAGGUAACUGAUACAUAUUUUUUGAAUAAUAAAAAUAAUAUUCUAAUAAUUGAAAUGAAAUCAAAAACAUUAACAAGGGAAAAUUGGUUAACAAAUCGUAAUAAUAAUUUAUUACAAUUGACACAAUUAAAAGAUAAUUAUUCAUCAAGAAUGAAAAUUAUUGAAAAUGCAGCAAAUAUAAUGGUUGAAAAUGUACCAUUAUGUACAUAUCAUAUUGCAGAGGAAAUUUUAACAAGUUAUAUAUUAAAAUUACAAUCAAGUUCAACUUUAGUACCAACUUAUGAACAAUUUGCCAAAGAUUAUUAUAAUAAUAUGGAUAUUCUUGAAUUUUAUCAGAAUUUUAAAAUUAAAAAUUGGAAAUACAUUGAUGAUUUAUUAUAUGAACGAAAUUUGGAUAAAAUUGAAAAUUUAAAUGAAGCAACAAGGAGAAUUGAUAUUAUUUAUGAUCUUUAUUAUGAGCAACCAGUUGAUAUUGUAUUUGAUAAAUAUAAAAAAUUAAUUAAUUAUCAAGAACAAAUUCGUUUUGAGGAUUAUUAUGUAAUUUAUUCACAUUCACAUAAUAUGUUAACGUAUAAUAAAAAUAAUAAUCGUAGAUAUACAGCAGCUAUUUAUCGAAUGGCACUAAAACAAUGUAAUGAAAAUUGGAUUAGCGAAUCAAUAAAAAUUUAUUUAGGUGAAAUUUUAACAGAUGAUGCCUAUAAAAUUGAAGCUAAACGUAAAAUAAAGGAACAUAUUACAUUUUUGGAGAUUAAACAAUUUUCCAAAAAUCGUGAAAUGGAAUUGGAUAUUAUCAAAAGUAGGGCAAUUACGUCGAAACAAAAAUUAUUAUUAUAUGAAAUUGAAAUUAAAAAUCAAGCUGGUAUAAUGAAUAUUAAUCAAAUUUUGGAAAAUGUAAAUAGAAAUCAUUUUGUUAUGCCUAAAUUAAAAUUUGUUAUCGAUGAUGUGAAACUAGAUGGUAUUCAUCAAGAUGUUCUACUUUUAAAAAUGCAUGAUUUUGAAAUACCAACGGAAAAUCGAAUGGUUGAUAUUGCAAAUGAUCUUGAUAAAUUGUAUGCAACUACUACUGAAUAUUAUUUCACGGAAAAGAGAAAUUAAAAAAAAAAUUUUUUUUUUAUUUCCAUUACACGAAUUAUUUUCGGAUUAAAUUUUUAGUCACGAUUGUAAAAAAUUUUAUAUAAUUUUUAAAAUAUUCUAUAUAAACACAAGUGUAAAAAUUUAUAUUUCAGAUAUAUAAUUUUAUUCAUUUUUUUUUGUAGUUGUGUAAUAUAUAUGAUAAUUUUAAUAUUUCAAAUGUUUAUAGUUUUUUUUUUUUCUACACGUGU